GCUGAUGUCACAGAGAGACCUCCUGAAAUCAAACCAUGUAGUACAGUGCAGCCCACAUGCCCGGAGCCUGAAGUAAAAAUUAUAACACAACCGUGCAGCCCAAUACAAACUACAAGCCCACAACUUCCUGAAAUAAACAUGAAUGAUUCAUGUUAUAAAUGUGAAGAUGGCUGGAAGCAACACAGAGGAAAGUGCUAUUACUUCUCCACAAGAAAAUAAUCCUGGGAUGUGAGCAGAACUGAAUGUAGGACUAAAGGAGGAGACCUGGUUAAGAUAGACAGCAAAGAGGAGCAGAGUUUCUUGAAGACAAAAAUUGAAUAUGGGAGCUAUUUCUGGAUCGGACUGACAGACUCAGCAGAAGAGGGCAGAUGGCUGUGGGUGGACGGCUCACCACUGAAUGAAAGGUUGGCAUUUUGGUCCUUUCUUGAGCCAGAUGAUUGGAAUGGAGAGGACUGUGUGAAGAUGGGGCCAAUGUAUUGGUUUGAUAAUUCCUGCAAAGUAAAUCAUGGAAGUAUUUGUGAGAAACCAGCUGUGGUUCUGUGUGACUAAAAUUCAGUUAGUUCAGUGGAAG